AUGGGACAAGUCGUUAUGUUAUACGAGGUUGUUUUACUAGGUUGCGCUUUCAGGUUAAUUGCUUCUCUGUUCCCUGUUAGUGACAGAUGGCACCCUGUCUGCUCUCCAGCCAUGGCACUUGCGGCCGUGACACUUGCGAAGUGCCAAGUACUGAAUUUAGCUAUCCUCGCUCGUCAGAUACUCCUUGCGACAGUAGUCAGUGACUACGUAGAAGAAAGCAGGCGAUAUGUACCUGAAGCAAUAGCAUUCUGUCAAGGAGCGUUGCUAAUGGCAGUAGAGAAUGAGGAGAGUGAACGUGCUCCAUCAGUUGUGUUUCCGAUUUCAAUGCCGCAUAAGAGGAUGCUUUAUAUUGAGAAGGAUGUUGCGAAGGAUGCUGAGCUCAAGCCGUUGGAAUUAGCAGUGGUUUUUGCGAAAGAUGAAAC